CUCCGGGCGGGGGCUGCCUGCGACCCCUUCGGCGCCUGCUGCGUGUGCUGCUCCCGGUCCCGCUCCCGGUCCCCAGCCCUGCUCACCCCUAACGGUGUUAGCGCCCCCGGGUAGCUCGCAGGGCCCCGGCGGGAGCGGCGCUCACCUUCCCGCCAAGUGGCUCUUGCGUAACCGGCCCGGCCCGGCCCUGCCCCUCCUGCCGGCUGCUGUUGUGUAACCGGGCAGCGCCGGCCCGGGGGCGGUGGCGGAACCGGGUGCUGGGCUCUCUGCGCUCACGGGCCGCAGGGAAACAGGCUGUUCGGAGCUCCACUUCUGCUGUGCUUCCCUGGCCGGGGCUCUGGAGGGCAGCCCCGCAUGUCUCACCACACCAUCCACCUGUUCCGCAAGGGGCUGCGGCUCCACGACCACCCCACGCUGCUGGCGGCGCUGCGCUCCUCCCGGCGCCUCUACCCCGUCUACAUCCUGGACCUGCAGUUCAUCUCCUCCGCCAUGCGCAUGGGGCCCCUGCGCUGGCACUUCUUGCUGCAGUCCCUGGAGGACCUGCACAGGAGCCUGUGCCGGUUGGGCUCCUGCCUGCUGGUGAUCCAGGGCCCCUACGAGGCGGUGCUGCGGGAGCGCGUCCGGCGCUGGGGCAUCACGCAGGUGACUCUGGACGCCGAGGUGGAGCCCUUCUACCGGGAGAUGGAGGCCAACAUCCGCUGCCUGGGGCAGGAGCUGGGCUUCGAGGUGCUGUCCCUGGUGGGCCACAGCCUGUACGACACCAAACGGGUGCUGGACCUCAACGGUGGAGAGCCCCCCCUGACCUACAAGAGGUUCCUCCACAUCCUGUCCCUGCUCGGUGACCCGGAGCUGCCUGUCCCCAGUAUCACAGCUGAGGACUUCCAGAGCUGCCAGCCCCCGGGCCCGGGCCUGGCCGAGCGCUUCAGGGUGCCCCUCCCCGCGGACCUGGAGAUGCCUCCAGAGAGCCUCUCCCCGUGGAGGGGAGGAGAGACCGAAGGGCUCCAGCGCCUGGAGCAGCACCUGACAGACCAGGGCUGGGUGACAACUUUUACUAAACCCAGGACAGCCCCAAACUCGCUGCUGCCGAGCACCACAGGCCUGAGCCCCUACUUCAGCCUGGGCUGUCUGUCUGUCCGCACCUUCUUCCACAGGCUGGCCAAGAUCUAUGCCCAGGCCAAGCACCACUCUCUGCCCCCAGUGUCCCUCCAGGGGCAGCUGCUCUGGAGGGAGUUCUUCUACACGGUGGCAUCAGCGACGCCCAACUUCAGCAGCAUGGCAGGGAACCCUCUGUGCCUGCAGAUCAGCUGGGCCCAGGACGCAGAGAGGCUGCACCGCUGGAGAACGGCCCAGACAGGGUUCCCCUGGAUCGAUGCCAUCAUGACGCAGCUGCGCCGGGAGGGUUGGAUCCAUCACCUCGCGCGCCACGCGGCCGCCUGCUUCCUGACGCGGGGAGACCUCUGGAUCAGCUGGGAGGAGGGCAUGAAGGUGUUCGAGGAGCUGCUGCUGGACGCCGACUACAGCAUCAACGCCGGGAACUGGCUGUGGCUCUCCGCCAGCGCCUUCUGCCACCGCUACCGCCGCAUCCUCUGCCCCGUGCGCUUCGGGCGCCGCACCGACCCCGAGGGCCACUACAUCCGGAAAUAUUUGCCCAUACUGAAGAACUUUGGCUCCAAACACAUCUAUGAGCCCUGGACAGCAUCUGAGGAGGAGCAGAAGCAAGCAGGGUGCAUCAUAGGGCGAGACUAUCCCUUCCCGAUGGUGAACCACGAGGAAGUGAGCGACCACAACCUGCAGCUGAUGCAGCAGGUCAGGGAGGAGCAGCACAGGACAGCUCAGCUCACCAGAGAUGACACAGAGGACUCAGUGGAGCUGAGUGUCAGACCUGAGCACUCAGAAGACCUCCCCAGGGCAAAAGUGGCCAGGGUGGCAGAAUGACCUCCUGGGGGGUGUGCUCGUGGCAACCAAAUGGCAAAGGGCAGCAAGCAGGAGCAGGCUGAGCUGCAGACACUGAGCUUAGGGCCUUGUCCUGCAGCUGCUGCCUCGUCCUUGGAACUGGCCUGCAAGGAAAGUGUCUGCAGCCACAGGAUGGGGUGGGCUGGAAGGGGCCUCAGGGAUCACCCACUCCCAGCCCCCUCCCCUUGGCUCCUUCCUCCAGAUGUUUUUCUGUCAUCUGCCAGGUGCAGAGUCCCAGAUGUGCUCUUCCAGGGCAGCAUCUCCCCGGGCAGGGCCUGCAGGAGGUCAGGUUCCAGGGCUGGGGGUGGGUGUUGGUCACUGCAGUUCUCCUUCGGUUCAUAAGAGGAAUAAAGAUGAUGUCUGAGCUGGAA